AACAUGAAUCGCUGCCGUACAUGUUUAGGCAGUGACAAAGAGAUGAGGCACGUACAUACAAAAAUUUCCAUUUCUGGCGAAAGUGUAUUAUUGUCAGACAUAUUAUUAAACUUUUAUAGUUACAAGGUCACUGAAGGUGCACUACCAGAGAAUAUUUGUAUAAACUGUGUUCACCAACUUAUAUUGACUUACUCAUUUAAAAUCUUGAUAGAGUCAAGUGCGAAAACAUUGGCUGAAAGUAAUGUAUUAAAUCCUACGAAUGAACAUUUUGAAUCUAGUUUAGAACCAGAUCAUUACGAUGUACCAAAACAUCAUAAAAAGAAAAAGUUAAUGAAAAUUAGAAAGUCCACAGUUAAUUCUGAAUGCCAGUCCAACAAUCUAUACUGUGUUGAAUGUAAAAUGAUGUUCUAUUCAGCUAAGGUCUUGCAUGAGCACUGUUUAAAAAAUCAUCCUGUAAAAAAUGUCAUUGGCAGAGAAUGUGAAUAUUGUAAUGAGAAAUUUGAAGAUUUUCGUUCUUUAGUUCUACAUAGAAAAUUACAUUUAAAACCAUAUUUAUGUGAAAACUGCUGGGAAGGAUUCUACAAUGUUGAAGAUUUGCAAACACAUUUCUGCCAACCAAAUAUCAAUAAUAAAGAUAAGAACAAAUCUGAUAAGGAUUUGAGGCAGUGUGACCAAUGUGGUAAAUCUUAUCCACCAAGCUACAUUAGAAUCCAUAUGUUAACUCAUAGUAAUGAUCGUCCGUACAGUUGUAAAUACUGUCCGAAAAGAUUUAAAGUCCCCGGAGGUCUACAUUCACAUAUUCUAUGGAACCACAAGAGAGUUAGAAAUCACAAAUGCGAAGUCUGCAAUGCUACCUUUAUUUCAUCAAGUUCUCGCAGUUCACAUAUCCGUAAGAGUCAUCUAAAAGAAAAGAAAUAUGGUUGUGAAAGUUGCGGAAAGAGAUUUUUCUCAAAGUCGGAAUUGCAGCGACAUUCUCUAACACAUACUGGUGUCAAAAACUUUCACUGUCACUUGUGUGUCAAAUCAUACCAAACUAGGUAUGGGUUGAAUGUUCAUUUAAAAUCACAUACGUCAUGUAAAUAA